CCUGUUUUCCUGUACUGCGAAGACUGUCAUCUCCUCAGGUAAUGUACCGUUUUAUAACUAUAGUCGGUCCCCGGUUUACGGACACCCGCUUGAUAUGGACACCUCGUUAAUACGGACAGUUUUUAUGCUCCCGAGGGUUGAAACCCUUACAUUUUCUCUAAAUUCAAUCUGCUUUUAAAACACGGACACCCGCUAAUACAGACAACGGAUAACGGACAGCCGGGGGAGUAUUCCCUUACAUAAGUCAUAUAGGUAUGUACCGCCUCAAAGAGUUUUGCGCCGUUUUGGUCUGAAAACGGGCAUCGACUUUGCCUAUUUUGAUCUGGAAUCGGGUAUGGUUUUCGAGGGAACUACGGGAGUGUAUGAACGUAUUUAUCGUUUCAAUUCCAAAUGAGUAAGAAAGAAAGCUAAGGGAAAUAUGCGAAUUCGAAAUAGAUUUUAAAAAAACUUUUUAAUUUUGCUGUUCUAAUCUAAGUAUCGGUGACAUAAUUUCUUAGAGGCCAGGUCUGAAGACAGGUAUAUAUUUUAGAGGCCAGAUCUGAAAACGUGUGUGAAAAAUUACAUUUUUUUGAUCUGAAAUAGGUUAAGGAUUUGGAGAACUGGGCGGUACACCCACACCAAGAAUUCCCAGAAGUACCCCCCCCCCCCCCCCCCUCCGGGAACAGGCACUUGUUUCUUUCAGAAUCAACAGAUAGAAAGCUAACCUUGCUAAUGCCGACACUUUCUGAUAAACUGUGUGCUGUAAAUAGGCCUUUCCUUUUUGAAGGUAAAACGACCUUCAGUUGACAGCAUGUCGAUGUUCCCAGUGCUACAGCACACCGGAUAGGAUGAAUCGUAGACGUCAAUUUCGGACUGUUUUGGCAGAAAACUAGCAGUUUCCAAUGGAAAGUGAAGUGCUGCGAGUAAAGCAUGGCAUUUGAAUUAAUUUGAAUCAGCUGCAGCUUACUUCUAUUGUAUGUUGAUAUUUGACAUCAUUAGUGUUAAAUAACUGUGCAUGUAACGCAACACGACGCGAAGGCGAUCGAUAAAAACUGAAAUUUGAACGAAAAUAAGUGUUUGUAUUAAGCUACAUUGUAUAAAAGUCCGUGAAAAUAAAUCAGCGUAUUAAGAAACUUGCGCAUCGCGCAAUAACCCUCGAGAAUUUUUUUUUUUUUUUUUUUUCAGUAGCGCCCUCAAGUUAAGCCCUAUUUGGCAGGGUUAGGAUUUGGAUGAGUAACCCACCGCGAAAAUCGUCGUGAAGGUCCCUAUUUUACUCUUCUUCUUCUUUCUUUUUGCGUAUUGUUUGGUGUGACUAAAAGCUGUCGACGAUAUAAAUGUUAAGAGCACGCGAGCGAUGGAGAUAGAAAGUGUGAAUUUCCAAUCGAGUUCAAUAUUGAACUGGUUCAUAACGCUUCGCGAGCGUAUCAAGUCAUUUUCAAUCUUUGCUUCCUUUGUCUAUAAAACAUUUUACUACCAAGGGAGAACAAACCUUGUCACACUUUCCAGAAGAAAAGCAAUUUAUCAGUUAAAUCCCUUACCAAAUCCAGCACUGUUUUGAAUGUAUUUUUAAGCUAUUUUUGAAAACUGUUUUUAACCUGUUUUGUGAAAUAGGUUUUAAAUAGGGUAAAAAGUGUAUUUUUAAUGUAUUUUUCGACUGCUUUUAAAGGUGUUUUAACCUGCUUAAAACGCUAUUAAAAAAGAAUUUUUAAAGUAUUAUUUUCAAAUUCCAGGGCUUUUGCAAGGCUCAAAACAGGUCAAAAACAGUUUUUAAAUACCUUAUAAAUCGGAAUAAAAACAGGAUAAAAACAGUUUCAAAAACAUAUUUUAAUUUACUAUACUAUUUUAAAACUAUUUUUAAUGGCAAUUUUAAACGUAUUUUGAAAAAAAAACAGGUUUAAAAUAGGUACAAAAAUAUAUUUUUGAUAUAUUUUUCGACUGAUUUUAAAGGUGUUUUAACCUGUUUAAAACGCUAUUAAAAUGUUAUGCUUUAAAAUAUAUUUUAAUAGCUGUUUAAUCGGUUUCGAAAUUUAGUAAAAUACUUGUAUUUGCAAAUACAAUAAAAAUACUUUGAAAACAGUAUUAAAAUACCACAGAAGAAGAAAAGCAAUAGCACACAUAUAUUAUGAAUUAAAUACAUCAAAAAUAGGAUGCAAAAAUGCAAAAACAGUAUAAAAUUGUAAGAACAUAGCCUUAGAGUUGUCUGAAAGCAGUAUAAAAAUCGGUCGAAAGAGCAUAAAAAUAGUACAAAAACAGGAUGGAAAUACCAUUUAAAUUCAUGAAAUAAAAUGAAUACAAAACCGUCGAAAAUUACCCUGAAAAAGCAAGAUUUACCUCGGCGAAAUUUCUCCACACAGUCCUAGGCUAGGAUUUCAAGAGAAUUAUCUCUUAGCCGAUUACUUUACGCCCGGCAUAGUAAAUCGAACCCAAUCGAACUAAAUUUCAAUCGAACUCAAUCGAACUCAAUCGAACUCAAUCGAACUCAAUCGGUGGAUUGAGUUCGAUUGAGUUCGGCAAUCGAACGAAAUCGAACUCACCGAAAAGAAAAAAAAUCAAUCGAACCCAAUCGAACGUUUGAUUUUCGAACUCGUGAUUUAUGUAAAACAGACGUUGAAAAUCCAUUACCAGAUCUUAGAAGCUCGAGUUACUUCAGCCCUGAGUGUAGCGCACGUGUUUUUCGUAAACGAAGAAAUUCCGCAGAAAUGGCUUCAGAUGCGUUGUGGAUCGUAAGCUUCAAAUGUAUAGUCAAAGGCUACCUGGAAUGCCGCUUUGACGUCAAGGAUGGCGAAGUUUUCAGGGUUUGUUCUGUUCUGUUCUCUUAACUGCCGUGGACAGUUUAUAAAUGGGGUUUGUGUUAUUGAAUAAAUAGUAAAAAAAGCGCAAGAAAAACUUGCUUUGACGGGCUUGCUUUGGGCUUGCUUUGUAUAGGUUCACCAGAGCCAAUCGAACGAAAUCCAUUUAAUUGAGUUCGGUUUCCGAACUCAAUCGAACACAAUCAGACGGAUUGAGUUCGAUUGAGUUCGAUUUGUUCGAUUGAAUUCGAUUUGUUCGGAAAUCGAACUCACUGAAAGUGUAGUGUUCGAUUUCGUUCGAUUGAGUUCGAUUUUCGAACGUUCGAUUUACUAUGCCGGGUUUACGUUGAUUUCCCUAAGAAUUCUCGGGAAAUUCUUAUGGAAUUUUUCAGAAAUGCUCAAAUCAAUCUUUAGCCUGUGUACAGACCCCUUCCUUCAAUAAAACUCGGAGGGGGGGGGGGUUGUACACAGGCUAUCAACCUUUGGCUUCAAAAGGGUAUAACGUUACUGACGUUACCGGUAAAUAAUAAUCUACAUGCAUGUAACUUACAUUGUUUAUUAUAUUCACGGCUUUACCCAAAUAUCAUCAGAAGCUUGCAGGCUACGCCUGAACAUUAAUUAGUGGCUGAUAAAGAACAGCAUACGAAUAACACCAUCAAAUUUACGCGAGAAUGAAAGAGGCCGGUGACGUGACAUCUAGUGACUGAGAUCAUUUAUUCAAAACAGCGAGUCUCUGCAAGGAAUCCUGUAAAAACUAAAAUUGCCGUACGGGCGCGACUAUAUAAAUGUUUACUACCCUUCAUUUGUUUCUCAUAUGGCGUAUAUUUAAGCGUCUUAGUAACAUUUUAUGCAUUGUAUAUUUAAUACUUACAAUUAGACUCUUGGACUCUUCUCCUGAACCAGAACCUUUCAAAGUACAUAACAGUCGCUGAGGAGUCAUAACCAUUUUUGAUUCGUGAUAAAGCAACAUCUACGUGUUCCGACAAUCCGCAGAUUUGGAGUGUACUUUUGUAAGAUCGUAACAAACAGCAAAAUCAAGCGCAUUUAAGCUCGCAGCAACCGCCGGUUCAAUAAUUUGAAAUGAGCAAAGGACAAAGGACGGUUUGCUUAUCACGUGCAUUUGUCACAUCACCGCGGCGCGAAGUCGUGAUUUCAGUCGCGCGUGACAUCUCAAAAAUAAUAUGCCAUGCAUGUGCGGAAUAGUCUAUGAGAGAAAGAUAACCAUAAGUCGGAGUUUAUUCAGAUGUGAGCGUUGUUUCUUAGUGCAAUAUAUACGAGGUGAGAUCUUAGCUUGGAUAGUUUGUUUUAAUUAUUAUGAAAUUUCAAGGACUUAUUUUAGACAAAUCUCAAUUGACCGCGUGCAUCCGGUUCUCGUCCCGCGGCUUCGGCUGUUUGUGAAAAAUUUCUACAUGAAAAUUAAAGUGUGAUUUUAAGAAUUUUCUUUUAAAAAAACUUAUGGAAUGUCCCGUAGCUGCAUUAAUUGAAUCACGGUUAAAAUCUAGGCGGAGAUUUUCACAGAGAGCUUGCAGGUAAUGAACAUUGAGGAACGGAUUGAUCCUUUAUCGGCACACUGUCACAGUUACGUGUUGUCUGCAGUCAAAGCUAAAAUCUAUUCCUAAUUUUCUUCUCUUUUUUCAAUUUCUUUUUGAUUUGCUGGGAGAUUUAAUUUUUCGCUCCGCCUCGAGCUUUAUUGAGAGAAGAAUCCGGUCCACAAUAUGACAGCUUGUUUUGAGUCAUUUAUGAGUUCGUGACACGAUGAAGGCUUAAAAACUAACUUUGUGCAAUUGUUACUUUUAUAGUCUGAGUAUGAGUAUCCCAAAAUACAUUACAAUAUUGCACCUCAAUAAUAAUAAGUAAUAAGUACCCUAUUUUAAAGUAUUUAAAAUAAGGUCAGCAUUUGAUGUCUUUCAGCAGAUUUUAACUAUUUUAUGUACAAUCUGUUUUUAUAGUCAGAGUGUUGUGUGCCCAAAAUACAAUUCAAAUAUACCUCAAAACAGUGUUUAAGUACCCUAUUUAAAAGUAUUUGAAAUGCGGUCAGUAGUUAAGGACUUAAAACAUAUUUCAAAUAGUCUAUUUGAACUCUGUUUGUAACUUUGUGAGUGGAUGCGUCUCAAAAUACAUUUUCGAUACAACUCAAAACAGUGUUAAAGUACCCUAUUUAAAAGUAUUUAAGAUACGGUCAGCAUUUAGGCUCUCAAAACAUAUUUCAAAUAGUCUAUUUGAAUUAUGUUUGUAACUUUGUGAGUGGAUGCGCCUCAAAAUACAUUGUAGAUGCAACUCAAAUAGUGUUAAAGUACCCUAUUUAAAAGUAUUUAAAAAACAGUCGCAUUUAAGCCCUUAAAACAUAUUUCAAAUAGUCUAUUUGAACUCUGUUUGUAACAGUGUUAGUGGUUCUAUGCCCAAAAUAAAUUUGAAAUACCCUAUUUUAAUCAUAUUUAUUAAACAAAAUACAUUGUAAACUGAUGAGAGAGGUUUUCAUUUUGAUGAAAUAUAAUUUAACUACACUUAAGAUAUAUUCCAAACAGGGGCGAAAAUUUAAAUUUUUUUGUCAAAUAGGUUUAAAAUACAGGAAAAUAGUAUUCAAAUACUGAAAAUACAUUUUAAACACUUUAAAAUCAGUUUCAAAAUACAUAUGGUUUGGUAAGGGAUAAAUACGACAAAGCCUGGCUGAAUACAAAUUUAGCCAAACGUUGUGUGACACCGAUUUUAUUUACCGGCGGAGUUCCAGGAAUUGCUUGAAAUAUUCUGGGAAACGUAUCGCUUAGAUUCAGGGGCAAGAGUAUUACACUUUAUUUAUGUUCCACUAUGUAAAGUCAGUAUAUGUCUGUUGAACAAAACAUCUCAAUUUUCUUUUAAACAACUGCAAUGACUUCAUCUCCUUCAAACUAUUUGGCAAACUGUUCCAUAUCAUAGCACCUCUAUAUCUAACUGAGAAACUUCUAUAAUUAGUUCUCUCAUACUUAAUCUAUACUUUGUUCGCAGACCUUGUAUCAUAGGAAUGAAUAGUAUUAUUCUCCGAAAAGUAAUCUGAAAAAGAUGGCGGCAAUUGUCCUCCAAAGUAAGAAUACAAGAAUAAUGCCAAUAGAUAAGAGUUCAACUCAUAUAUUGUUAGGAAAUUCAAAGAAAGGAAUAUAGGCCUUGCGUCCUGUGUAUAUUUCGAAAACGUUGCAAUCCUUACAAUUUUCCUUUGAAUCUUAUUUAGUAUAUACACACUCAGUGAUCUUUUGGUGAUUUAAGCAAUCUGAUUGGUUCGCUAUCUCGGACUAUUCAACAAUAUUUACCUCCUAGCGAGUGGAUAAUGUUUGAGCUCGGUUUUUUUUUCCAUUUUUUUAGAGAACGAUCUUUUAAAAGUCGACAAAAUCCUAGGGUUGACUUUUUUUAAGGCAAGAAAAGACUUCGAAGGAUUCAAAACGGCGUUUCUCCAUUUACUGUAGUUGAAUUUUGUGGUCGAUGGAUUGUUUACAACUCCCGUUCAUUCGCCUAGAAGAGGCGGUUUCGUGAAUUCAGCGUUUCCUAACAAGAAAACUUUGGCCCAGAAACGAAGUUUAUUUAUGACAAACAAAUUUGAAAGCAAAUGUUUGCAGAAAUUCUACGUUUCAAAAAUAAACUUGGCGAGUCAACAGAAAACAAAAAAGCUCUUCUUCUCUUCUCAGGUAAGGAAACAAUUCAAACUUUUAGCGGUUCCAUUUAAGUCAUUACGCUUUUGUUUGCAAAGUGAUAAGCUUGUGAAUUGCCAUGUUUGAAGAUCCUACAAAGACCUAUUUUAAAAGUUUCGCGUGUCUAGCUGACUGAUAUGUCAAUCAAAUCGUACUUUUUAAUGGUUUCCUCUCUGAUUUUGAUGAGAUCACUUCUUGUGUAUAUACUAAUACAAUUAUUCUUUUCAAUCUUGGUGAAUAGUGGCUUUAGGAAUAUUUACUUCGCCACUUUGUGGCUCGGUAAAUAAUUCAGCCACUAUUUACCGAGAUUGAAAAGAAUAAUUGUUAAAUAUACCCUCCAGCCUUGUUGGAUAGGUAGUGCCCCAUACGAUAUUUCAAUAAGUCAAGUGAGGGUAAACCAAGGCGUAAUAGAUUGUUUGCAAUAUUUUUAGCGGUAAGUAAUGCCUUGUUCUUAUUAUUAUUCCUGACAACUUCGCAAUCUUGGAACUUACUUACUUAAUAUGGUGUUUCCACGAAAGAUCUUGGUCAAUAGUCAGUCCUAAGAAAUUUGUACUAUUUACCUGCUCGAUAUUCUGAUUGGCGAUGUUUAUACUUGGUUUGUUUGUCAGUUACUGUUCUUUGCUCUAAAAAUUACGAAAUGUGUUUUCUUCACAUUUAAUUAUAACCUGUUAACAGCCAGCCAAUUUGCAACUUUACAAAGCUCUCGAUUAGCAUUGUCACAUAAUUUCUUAAUAUCUUUGUCACUGAUCAAUAAAUUAGUAUCAAACAACAAAAAUGAUAACAAAUUUGAACUUUCUGUAGACCGCGAGCACUCUCUUAUUUUUCUUUGCAAAGUUACUGCACGCGAAACCUAAGCAUGCGAGCGGCGAAGGUCGCUUGCCGCGAGAAACGAGGGCGUAAGCCCGAGAAGAAAAAAUAAGAGAAUGCUGACUCUUUUGUUCUGUCUGGGGACAACAAAGUUGUCAAGGUAAUUUAAUUAAUUAAUUGAACCCUAGUAACAUGAAACGAUUUAUAAAUAGGACGUAAACAACUGAAAAAAUUACACUGUCUUUAAAUCCGGAAAUUUGCAGCAGUUUCCUCCUUAAAGACAUCCUAAAAAUUUGCUAUUACUGAGAUUACUGCUUGGUUCGCUAUUAUCUGCAGUUGGUUGUGACGCGUGACUAUUUUUAUUGUUUGCAAUAUCACCACAGACCAGUCAAUGAUCUGUCAACAGCUGUGCAAUUGACCAACCGGUUACUCCGUUUCUGGGCUGACGGGGGGCUUGUUUACUACAAAAGAGUCAGCAAUCCCUAAAUAAUAACAUCGUGGUUUGCAAUCGCGCUGAAUGAGAUAAGAACUAGACGGAUUUUAAGAGAUAAGGCGGACUGCAAGCAGUCUAAACUUUCUGAAAUGUCAUUAACAUAUAUUAAAAACAACAAGGGGCUUGAGAUGGACCCUUGGGGAACCCCACAAGUAAGGAUGAAACUUUUUGACUUAACUGAUCUAUAAUUACCUAUUUGUUUCCCAUUUGUUAAGUAGUUACGAAACCAAUCUAAUACAAUCCAAUACAAUCCCCCUGAAUCCAUAGUACUCAAGUUUAUCUAAAAGAAUAUCAUGAUUCACAGUAUCAAAUGCCUUUGAAAGAUCUACGAAUAUUCCAAGUGUAAAUUCAUUUCUUUCAAUUGCCUGUGUUAUUUUAUCAACAAGUUCUAUGGCCAGUUGCUGAGUAGAGUGCCGUGCUCUGAAUCAAUAUUGAUAUCUGGACAAUAGAUCACGCUUAUUGAUAAACCUAAUAGCUCUUUUGUACAUAAGUUUUUGUAGUAUCUUAGAGAAGCAGGGUAAUACGGAUAUUUGCCUGUAAUUCGAAAACUUAUGCUGAUCAUUUGCCUUAUAUACUGGUGUUACAAGGGCAAUUUUAAGUGCGUCUGAAAUUUUGCCAGUAAGAAAAGACAAAUUGAAUAUGUGUGUGAGAGGUUUUACAACAUAACUAGAAAUAGCUUUAACAACUUUUGGAGAGCUAUCAUCAUGACCACUGGACUUAUUUGCAUUAAAUUGUUUGAUCUCAUUAAGAACUUCGUCAUCUGUUACUGGAUCUAAAAACACUGAAGCAGAACAUCUUUGCUUUAAAAAAGUUCUAAAGGAAUUAUGAUGGGCUGGUAUUUCUUUAGUCAGAUUUGGUCCUAUUUUUACAAAAUAGUCAUUGAAAUUUUCGGCUAUCAAAGGUGGAUCAGUGACUGUUUGUUAAAAAAUGUUCCCAAAAAUCAAACAUUUUCAAAAUUUCGUGGUAACAGCUCAAAAAUCAAUUUGGCCCAUAUUCUCAGGUAAUUUUUAAGCUUGACCUUAAUGUAAAACAAAACAUGCAUAGUUCGUUCGACUAAUAAUCGAGUAGUAUUCGUGAAAAUCGAUAAUAACUGAAUUCUGUCAAUAUGCCGCUUUUUGAGUGCAAAAUUUAGGGCGAUUUAUGACGCCUCGCGUUACAAAACAAAGCCCUUUUGGAGAAAUAUAAUCUACCACAUACUGUAAAACGAUGUCAAAAUAUGCCGUAGAAGCAAUUUAAGCAAUUGUCGUCUAUUAACUUUUAAAAUCUAAGUUAAUUUAUCCGACCUAUUUUAAUCGCGAUAAAAAGUUAGCCAAAAUUAGACUAUUAUUGCCCCCGCAGGGAUUUCGCCCAGAAGGCGAAAUCGCGAGGAGGCACUCUAGUAACUCGCGCGUUUAUUAAGGAAAGUACUUACAGUUGAAAUGUACAGUCAUAAAGUCAAUAUAGAAAAAAUCUCGAUUUGCUUGAACAGGGGCCGCGAGGAAUUGGUAGGUAAUGAGGACGUUUCUAUUGUUUGCGCCCGCAAGUACGAAAUGGUUAGGAUGACGUAAAGAAAGAACAUCCCCAAGGGACCGCUUAGGUAGAUUUUGUGACAUUUAUUGUGCAGUCAUACUUCGACACUCUUUUGCGCUACGUGUUAUCAGUGACAUUCUGUAGAGCAGUUGUUUCAGUGAAAGUUAUAGACCAAAAUUUUAACGACACUCGUUAAGCGCAGAAGAAAUUAUAAGGUGCGUAUAAAUGUAUAUAUAAACACUUGGAGAGUUUGUCAGACAAGAGUUCACACAUCUUUCGUUGGAAACCUUGCCAGAUACUCUCUCUCUCUCUCUUUUACCGGAAUAAGACUCGGCCCCAAACAAGCAAGACGAGUGAACAACGGCUAGCUUCUCACUAGCAGAACGAUAGACGUUUACAGAAAUUCUCCGACAAUCAAAUUCUGUGCUGACUUAUUCCUUCCGCUAUAAACUUUAAAAUAAGACUAGAAUGCGCGAGUGUGAAUUAAUCAAACGUCCUUUUAAUUUCUAAGGCUUCCUUUCCGGCAAAUAACAUGAACUGAAUGUAAAAAGUGAAAGAAAAAUAGCGAAAAAUUAAACUUCUUAUUAAAUCUUUUCUUGUGGUUUAGAAUAAACUAUUCUCGAAACUGAGAAUGUUUUGAUCAAAGCUGUGUAAAUCGAUCUAAAACUGUGCAUGGAACCUUGAGUUUCCUGUAUUUAUCUCACCUAUUGUAUGGAAUAUGUGUCAAAAUCUUCCUUAUGAAUCGGUAUAUUUCAAAGAGCUACACAACGAGCAAGAAUGCUAUUGACCGACAUUAUACAGAGCGGGGGCAGCUGUAGUGUCAACUAUUACUAGUUUAAACAUGUGGUACCACAUAUAACUCGUCGAAAACCUCGAAUUUUAAAGUCAGAGAGUUGUUCUUUUAAAGUCCCAAAGGAUUUUUGGGGGAAAUGAUUUGGCACGAAGGAAUCGAAUUUUAAUGGUGGUUAAAAUUCGGUGUUUCAACUAAUCACGUGAGUGACUUGUGUAGGGCUCCAGCUACAUAUAUUUAACUGAGGCAACUUAAAUUUUGUGCAGUAUACGUUAAAUCGAGACCUAAAUGUAAGGUAUAGAAUCUUACCUCUUUGUCUUCAAAUUAAAGAUAAAGGCAGUUGUAGUCCUGCAGGUCUCGUUUUGCUGGUGACAAAAUUGAAACAUUCUGCAGGAUCCCACGACCUUACGCCGAUCGCGAUGGCAUUGUUUGUUUCUAAAACUUUCGAUGUUUUUGUUUUGAGCAUUCUCUGUUUCCAAUUUCCUAACUUUGUAAGUCGACUUUACCGAAAAACAUCAUUGUUGACUGGAACUGUACAUGUCUGAGCAGAGAGUUCCUAAUAAGUCAAACACAUAUGUCACUUUCGUGCCUAUUUUGGCAAAUGUCGCCUCAACUGAAAUCUACAACUCAGGGAAAAUUGUGAUUGGAACGUGUAACAAAUGAAUGGCGGACCUUAGGUCAAGUGAACGAUUAAAAAAAAGGGAAAAGAAAAGAAAAGGAAAAGAGAAAAUUCAAAGGCGUCGACGACGCACGUCAACCGUAAGUGAGACCUUUUCCAUUUUGAUAUACCCAGAAGCUACCAAAUUUGUACUGCUAAGUGUCAUUUGCCUGAAAAUUUGAGCAAAUAUGGAGACGCCAUAUUUGUGUACAGUAUGGCCGCCGGAAAUCAAAAAAACACCUGGGCCGAGUUGUUCAAAGCUGGGUUAAGAUAACCCAGGGUUAGUGCGAGAUUUGAAUUCAGAUUUUAAAGCUUAAAAAGCUUUUCAGUUUAAUUCUUUUUGUCUACAAGGCGAUGAUUGGAAGCUCUGAAAAAAAAGAGAGAAAAUUAUCCGAAAAAAAGCUUUUGAACAUAAGAAAAAAAAAACCUGGGUUAAAUUUAACUCCGGGUAAAGCGCUAAUCGGCCUUCGAACAACUGGGCCCAGGAGAUCACUUUUUCUAUAAAAGAUCUUUCGUUUCACUCGAGAGCUAGCAUAACGUUAGCAUACGUGCGCAUAAACACAUCUUCUAGUACUUUAAGUACUUUCUUUAUAUUUAUUGCUACGCAACCGGAGGCACACUGAAUGGAUCCUUGGCUUCAAGCUUUCGUUCCCUGUGAUUAAUAAGGAAGGUUUGUUGUCUCGUCUAUCAUGCGUAAAGCAAGAUGGUUUUUACGGUGACGUCAUCCAAUUUUAAAGUCAAAAUAGCGAGGUUUUACGAAUUCUCAUUUAUACAAGGUUGAAGAUAAACAAAAAAAAAAUUCUUUUACAAGUUUUCAGUCCUGUAGCAUGUUUCGUUUCGAAAAUACAGUAAUUUGAACUUCCGAGUUCUCACAGUGUGCGAUACACUGAAUAGGAAUGCUAUCUCGUUAAAAAAAAAAGCCUCUCCUCUUGAUUUUCAACAGAUUUUUGUUUAUCUUCAACCUUGUAUAAAUGAGAAUUCGUAAAACCUCGCUAUUUUGACUUUAAAACUGGAUGACGUCACCGUAAAAACCAUCUUGCUUAACGCAUGAGAGACGAGACAACAAACCUUCCUUAUUAAUCACAGGGAACGAAAGCUUGAAGCCAAGGAUCCAUUCAGUGUGCCUCCGGUUGCGUAGCAAUAAAUAUAAAGAAAUUAUUUGGGAAAAAUCAUAUUAUUAGGCUAGUUGCUUAACUUAAAAAAGCUUUGCUUUUAUUGGCAGUUCUAUCCUUAGGGUCUGGUCUUUGAAGGGGGCGGGCGGCCAUUCUGCUGGGGGUCAUUUUCAAAACCUUGAUUAGUUUUUCAGUUCAAUUAAUUCAAUCAACUUUAUUUCAACGAGGUAAAUGGCUCAGCAAGCUGGUUUUCAGACAUGCCGUGUAACAAUUACAAGCUAUAAAUAUUAAAACUAGUGAUUAAAUGACAAUAAUAUAGCACUAGGAUUUGUAGUUUUAUAUCUGUUCCUAUCGACUCUUAUAAACGUAACUAUCUGUUUUAUGUAAGCAAGAUUUAUUCAAAUACAAUAUAAUAAGAAGAAAUAAGUCAUAAAAAAAAAAUAAAAAAUAAGAGAAAAAAGUUAUAUCUUAGGAUAUCGCAAGUUUAAAGCUAGUAAGAUCUUCUAUACCACAUGUUUGAUUUGACAGUUGGUUCCAAGCCAUUACACCCCGAUAAGAGAAUGAGUGCUUAAUUCGUUUUAGGUAGCGGUAAUUGGAGAUCAUAGUUUGAACACCUCAAAUUAUAGUUGUGAACUUCAGAGGUUCUAUGAAACCGCUCCCGAUGGUACGUCGAACAAUUGUCACUGGAUACUUUAAACAUCAUAAUUAGCAAGUGCCCUUUUCCUCUUUCUUCUAAUGGACCACUUUACAGAAUUUAAUACAUCUGAUGAUCUUAUAGAGUAUUCAGCCCGAUGAAAAUGAAUUGUUAAAGCCAAAUCAGUUUUGUUGUUUAGAAAUACAUCGACUCUUAUCUUGAAAUUGAUGUAAAACGGACCUCUGAUUAGCACAACAAACUUAUGAUUUAGCAAAAAAAGGAUGAUUUUUUCUUUGAAAACCUAGUAGCCAUCAUAGACCACAAAUGAUGAUGUUCUGACCUAGAGAUAUAGCGAUCUUUUUACAAGAAGCUUAAAUUUUUCCUUGAUUUAUAUUCAGUUUAAUGUGAUAUUUCUAAGCAUUAGGCCAUCCUCUUUUUUUUUCCUCCGUUUAGCGUCAUCCGACCGACCCAAAUUUUUGGCAUUUUCCAAAAAAAAAAAAAGUAGCGUCGUAGUUGAACCAUUUUUCACUUGAAAUAAUUCUUUUAAUCUGAAAAAUGAGCAUAUUAACAGCAUGGAAAAAGACAAGAACAAAAACAGAAAUUGUGUAUUUUUUAAUCCAAAUAUGUUAAUGUUAACUUUCAAUGUAUUCCUGGGGUACCAGGGCCUCCCAUUCCAAUGCUUCUUGUGAUUUCUUUGUAGGUUUUUUUGUACUUUUUUUUUUUUUUGGGUUCAAUCCGACCGACCGACCAACCCAAUAUUAGGACGCGCAUUCGACUCUAAACGAAAAAAAAGGUGGGGAUGGCCUUACUCCAAGCAUGGAAAGUCUCCAUAUUUUGUCAGGCCCAUUUUUUUAAAUAUUUUUACCAGAUAAAGUUAGCUUAACAAAACGUUCGUUAACAUAUAAUCUUCGUCUGACCUUGUAGCACCAAAGGAGCAUGACCAUACAUACAUAGAUUAUAAAAACAAAUACGAGCUUCAGUGAGCAGUAUCGAGGUGACCUCUGAUUUUCCGAGUCCUUCAGAGCUGAAAAAAUGAAACCAUAGAGAUUUAUCUAGUGGAUAGCGCUAUCCAGCCUUAGAACAACCGAGGCUAGGUGUGUUCGAAAUUCUAGAAAGAAUAACUUGAAGGCUGUUUUUUGUCUGCUCGUGCUGUUUGUUUACAUACAGCUUGUCACGUGGACACACUUAUCAAGCAAUGCUAAGUUUAAACAAUGCACAAUUCGAGACAAUUUGCAUUGAAACUCCACCGGUCUCCUUUAUUUGCCCCUUUCGUCGAAGACAAGUCAGCUUAAAAAAGGCUGAGCUACAUAAUUCCGCAGGAAUGUUUUUCGGAAUUCUAAAACAAUUUUAGAAAAAAUUGACAAAUUUGAGAACUUGAAUAGCAGUAUAUAUAGCAGAAUAUUGAAUAGCAGUUUUAACACUCACUCGACAUUUUGGCAACAAUUCACAGGCAAAAAAGUUGAAAAAACGUUUUUAUUUUUUUGUAUUCCUACCAACCAAGAGAGGGCUCAGUCCACUCACAUGCUACAACAGUGUCUAGAGUACUGUCCACUGAGCACAACAAAUCAGCAGUUUUUCAUCAGAAUCAUCUACACUACAACUUAUCAGCGGUUAUACACCAAAAAGGGCCCUCGCUCUCGAAAAAAAAAAAUUUUGUUUUUGAGUUUUUUAGGUAAUUCUAGAGAGUUUUACGAGAUAACACCCAUGGUUACAAAAAUUAUUCACGUAAAUUUUUUCAUUAUUAUUGUUUUUUUUUUUUUUCAUUGAAUAAUAAACAUUUUUUUAAAUGAUUUUUUAAUUGAAAAAUUAAACUUUUUUUUUUACAAAAAUACACGAAUCUUCCGUGCUCUUCGAGAACGAAUCAGAGUCAGUUCCCAUUCAAGCACAACACGUGUGUUUAUGGCCUAUGCAUUAUUCCAAGCAAAUCCAAUAAUAUCAACUAAUUCGGUCGAUUUUGUGACGACGUUUUAAUGACAUUUUCUCGCUGAAAAUGCCAAUUUCAUCAAAAAGCUUAGAUGAAGCAAGUUUGCAAAGAUCUUCGACGAAAUGGGCAAAGAAUGGAAACCGGUAAAUUGUGUAUUGCGUGAUAAGCGUGUGCACGUGACCAGCAGAAUGUAAACAAGCAGUUGGAGCAGACAAAAAACAGCGUUCAAGUUAUUCUCAUCGUACCUGUUGUUGUUGCUUUUUUUUUUUGGAUAAAGAGAUUGCUGCGAUAAAUUUGUUGAAUGUUUAGUGCUACGUGCUUUUCUUAGGGACCCAGGAAAUUAACAUGGGAAUCAAUCAACCAUAAACAAACAAUUUGAGACGACAAUAUCAUAAAUUAUAUAUCGUCGUCUCUCUUCAAUCAGAAGAGUCCCCUAGAUUGCGAUAAAAGCCAUUUGUGCGCGUGUAUGAUCCCUAACUGAUCUUUUGAAUCACCUAUAGUUUUGGUAUCACCAGGCCUUCCUCUUCACUCCCCGGACACACCUGAACCCUUCUACUUGCCCUUUAACCAUGCAGUCCGUUGUCACAAUCGCAAGACAACAAAGGAAGCAUUCCUGUUUCUUGCAUAGCCCAUGACGUGGCACCGCACUGGUCAUAGACCCCUCCAAAGGAAUAAAGUGCCAUCGUAAAAUUAUCCUGAAACAGAUCGCUUUCUAUAAUUUCGAACACACUUGAUGAAAAACACAAAAAUUCCCGCGAAACGGCAGAAGGAUUGGAUGGGACCUCGGUUUAGUCGAUCUCACACUCUUCAAGUCCAAAAUGGCGGGCCAGAUAAUUUGAUACAAUAAUAAUAAUAACAAUCUUUUAAUAGGAUGCUCCAUCACAAGAGUGGUUUACAUAGAGGUCCUAAUUACGAGAUGUAUAUUAUAUAAUACAAUUAAAAUAUAAAAAGGUUAAAAAAAAAAAAUUCAAGCUAAAAUCGAGUUACAGAAAUAAUUAAAACAUACACACUACAAGUACUCAAUUAUAAAAAGCAGAAAAAAGACACUUCUUAAAAAUUGGAAAACUUGCUGAGUUUCUUACAGUUCUCUCUAAUUCAUUAAAGUCUUUGAAACAGUGGUACCGCGAACGUUGUUUUCCCCAAUUAUAUUUAAUUUUGGGGAGCUUGAUAGUAUCGUUAUUGCGCGUAUUGUAGGAAUGUAUAUCACUCUUUUUUACAAUGUCCAAAGAAUGAUUAAGUUGGCCAUUAAUACACUUGUAUGCAUAUAUACAUCGAUGACAUUUCCUACGUUCUUCAAGAUUCAGCCAUCUCAAGACAAUCAAUGCAUCGGUGGAUGAGGAGUGAGGUGAUCUAUCUAAUAUCAACUUAGCUGCUUUGUUUUGGAGAAUUUGCAAUUCCUUCAUAAGUGAGACAUUGUCCUUGUCACCCCAGACUAAAUCAGCAUAAUCAAAAAUAGGUAGCACUAAGCUAUUAUAAAAAAGUAACCGGGCAUCAUAAGGUAAAUAAUACUUAAUCCUACGUAGAAGACCAAUAACAAUUGUAUCAUCUCAACGCAAGCCUUUGUUUGGGUUAUUUUCUUCAAAAAAGCAACAGAAGCUUUGCGUUAUCCAGCUCUCCUAACUGUGGAUGGAUGGUUUCAUUUUUUCAGCUUUAAAGGACUCGGAAAAUCAGAGGUAACCUCGAUACUUCUCACUGAAGCUCGUAUUUGUUUGUAUAGUCUAUGUACGUAUGGUCAUGCUCCUUUGCUGAUGGAUAUUUACAACAACUAUUCAGGUUAUUACAAGGUCAGACGAAGAUUAUAUUUUAACGAACGUUUUGUUAAGCUAACUUUAUGCGGUAGAAAUAUUUUAAAAAAUGGGCCUGGCAAAAUAUGGAGACUUUUCAUGCUUGGAGUAAUGCUUAGAAAUAUCACAUGAAACUGAAUAUCAAUCAAAGAAAAAUUGAAGUGUCUUGUAAAAAGGUCGUUAUAUCUCUAGAUCAGAACAUCAUCAUUUGUGUUCUAUGAUGGUUACUAGGUUUUCAAAGAAAAAAAAAUCAUCCUUGUUUUGCUAAAUCAUAAGUUUGUUGUGCUAAUCAGAGGCCCGUUUUAGAUCAAUUUUAAGAUAAGAGUGGGUGUAUUUCUAAACAACGAAACUGAUUUGGCUUUGACAAUUCAUUUUCAUUUACCAAAUACAGAAUAAGGGCUUCUUGUCAACAAUUUGGUUUGUUUAUGGCCUGAAUUGAGGGUUGUCCAAUACUGUCGACCAGAAUCCAGUCGUAUCCUCUUGCUUUCCAUCGGAAAACCGGAAGUCUCGUGGUGUAAAGUCCUACCAAGUGUUUGGAUGCAUUGGACACGAAUAGAUUCCGAUGGAAAAGUUCAUUUUCUAUUCGUGAGAGACUUGGAAAAAUUCCGCUCAUGUUGGAUGAAGGGGGUGGAAAGGAGUUCCGAUGGAGUCCAUCGGAUCCAUUGGACACGAAUAGAUUCCGAUGGAAAACUUCAUUUUCCAGUAUGUUUCUUUUAAUAAUUCUACUCAAGUGUAGCUCAUAUUAUAGUUACCAUUAAAGAUCGAAGCAUAUACUUGUGUACUGUCCUCGUUUCGCAGGGCUUUUGCCCCGUUUCAUAGCUUUACCGUGCUUGUUUUGACUCGUGGCUUUAAGCGUGCCAGUCCGUCUCGAAUAAAGGGCCCGGGGGACUUAGGGUUUAAAGAACGAGUUAUGUUACGUGGGUACCGUGCUUGUUUCGACUCGUGGCUUUAAGAACGAGUUAUGCCAUUCGCGUAGCGUGCUCGUUUCGGCUCAUUGCUUUAAGAACGAGUUAUAUUUUUUGUGUAGCGUGCUUGUUUUGACUCAUCGCUUUAAGAACGGGUUCUGUUGCCUGUUAGGUUUGCCAGUCUCGACUUAGGGCUUAAAGAACGAGUUAUGUUACACGUGCAGUGUGCUUGUUUUGACUCAUGGCACGACUAGACUUCCCGAGAUUCCAUCGGAAUCGAUGUGUUUCCAAUGGAUCCGAUGGACUCCAUCGGACGACUUUCCAACCCUCCUCUAAGUAUUGUUUACACUUCCGGUUUCAUCUCAUGACUAAACUUCCGGUAACUCAAGUGGACGCUACUGAACUUCCGGUUUCAUUUUUCGACUAGACUCCGUCGGACUCGUGGUUUUGUCCACUGGAAUCUGGUCGAGAGUAUUGGACAUGUGUGCCUGAAUUAUGCUCAAAAUUCCAGUUUGAAUUGCCUUAGAGGGGCAUGAAGUGUUUGUUCCAAAAAUUCAAUAAACCAUAAGAAGCCAAAUUUUUCACAACUGAUUUUGAUAAUUGGGUGACUAAAGAAAACAGUGGUAUAGGCAUGGAAGUUAUGGAAGAAGGCGGGGUGAAUAUAACUGAUAAUUCAUGAGAAAAAUUGUAGCUUCUUUAGGUGCUAAAUUUUCAUGACUGAACUUCAUGCCCGCACGCUAGAACUUAAUGUCAGAUUCAAGAUAUGAGUUCUGUCCUGUUGCUUUGUUUGUUUUAGACCACGAAUACUCCAUCAGUUUUCGAUAAAAUAAAUUAAUUUUGCUAUUCUAUUUGCAGUACGAAAACUGUUCUUUCGCUUUAGUGACAGCGUCAUCGGAGUAAAAACAAAACCUUUUGAACGCCAGACUUUAUUCCAGCUCAUGCCUUCGCCAACUGAGUGCCUGGCGAAGCGAAGCGAACCUAAUAGAAAAAUCGUACCGUUCUAAAAGACUGAAAGUCUGUGAUAUAAACGUUUCCGCUCAUGGUACAAUGCCGGGUUAGUCUCCAAUAAACUUGACCUACAGGAUGGCGUAAAUUGUUUAUUUCCACUCCUGUUUACACUUUUGAAGGAAACCUGGAACGUUAUAAAAACAUUGUUUUUUGUUGAAAGCGUUAAAUUUUCUUGUAUUCCUUUAGCCUAGAAACUCCAUGUCACUUUUGACGGCGUGAAAGGAAUCAGCCGGCCAUCGUUUUGUUUUGUUAAAAGCAAAUCUUUUGAACAAGAUUCUUGCUCGCGGCCGAGUCGCCGAUCGCUGCGCUGCGAAGAUCUUUCUUUGGCAAAAUAAUAUGUUCCAAAAAGAAAAUACACGUCUUUUUUUUCUUUGAAUGGAGGGAUUAACAAAAUACAAUUCCUAUACAAAGAUGCUGCAGUAGCGUUGUUUUCGCCUCACAUAUUUUUUCCCGUAAUGGCGGCUGGGAGAAAUAAUUUGUUGCCAUGGUUGUGUAGUGGAAGUUUUGAUUAAUAAACCUAAAAGCGCAGCUCUUUUGUUUAAUAAGCACAAUUUAUUUGCUUAUUAAACGGGAAAGGCGCGCGUUUUUGCUUAUUAAGCAAGAAAUACCAUGUUUCUUGUUUAAUAAACAAAGUUUGUAGGUCAAACUGAUAAGACUAUUUCAGAAAAAUUCUGACAGUCCGAAAAAAAUCUGACUCCUGUUUACUAUUUGUCACGCCAAUAGUUAAAAUUUAGAUUUUACUGUCAAUCUUGUGAAGUCAUUUUCCCGCCAAAAACCGUUAAAAUCGAAAAACAAAAAACAUGAGAUUGUUUGGAAUACAAAUUCCUACCAUCCUGCAACUUUGAGCUCAAACGGAUAAAAACUGCAGAAUUAACUUCUAAGUGGCCACAUUUGGCGUCCUGUUUGCCCACCGUGUUUGGAACAGUGGCGCGGCUGAUUAUUGUUUUGAACAGAUAGCUUAAGCCGUUCGAUCGGAUACCCGAGCCGUUUGAACGGAUGACAAUUUUUCUCAAACGGAUAGCCUGAGUCGUUCGAACGGAUACCGAAUCUUUGGAAAAGCCUUUCACAACUAUCUGUAAUUUCGUGUAACAAGAAAUUCGCGGGAUGUAUGUUCGCUGCACGCAAUGCAUCAAGGCUGGCAAUGUGCCUUCAAUAUUAUUUGUAUUGAAUGAGAGUACUACUACCACUUCCACUUCCACUUCCACUACCACUACUACUACUACUACUACUACCACUACCUGACUACCACUACCACUAUCACUACUGAUAAUAUGCAAUUUCGUCUUUCAUGUUGAUGCAGUUUAAGAACAAAAAAUGGCAACAAAUGCGGAUGAGGCAGUCGCACGGAGGUUGGGCAGAUUUUCCUUUAAAAACGAACCAAACUGGAUAACUGGAGAUCUUGGGAACUAUACGAGUGAUGCACACCAACUUCGUCUAGGAGACGAGGCACAGGUUCAGGCCAGACACCUUGCCCCUUCUUCGUAUAUAGAAAGUGAUAUUAUGGAGCCUAAGAUUGAAGGAAAACAGCAAGGACCUGUUCAACAAAGUGAUCUAUUAAAACCUAUGUUGAUGGAUAUCGCUAAAAAGGGCCUAAAUUUUGCGUACCAAAAGUGCAUAGGGAAACCAAACCCCCAAGAGUAUUCAAUGACGCAAAAACCGAAGAGAGUGAUUGUGGUCGGCGCUGGAAUGGCGGGGUUAGUUGCUGCAUAUGAGCUGGAACAAGUCGGACAUGACGUGAUAGUACUAGAGAGUCAGACUCGAGUGGGUGGUAGAAUUCAUACACUUGGGGAAAAAGAUGGUUUUGCGAAGAACCUUCAUGCAGAAGGUAAGUAGUCGAUUAACCUGUUUCAGAUCUAUAGCGGAGCUUUUGACACCGCUAAAAACUUUUAAGUUGAAUACACUGAUUUCCAAACCGUUCGAGCUAUGAUCACUUAAAAAAGGCUUAAUUUUUCCUUUCAUUUAUCUGGAAACAUUUUACAGUCGCCGUGACGUGUACGUCAAGAUUGACGUUACCAUGAGGUUCGACAAUCAUUUUUUUUUUUAAUUUCCUUUUUUUUUAUAAAAAAGCGACAGCUUAGCAUAAAAAUUGGGAUGUUACUAAUAGGGAGAAUGGGGAAUGGGAAAUUGAAAAAUGGGAAAUCGGGAUUGUUUUUUUUUAUAAUAUUCAACUUAAAAAAAGGCAGGUACUACAAUUAAUUUAUGAAAAUAAAUGAAAUUAAUAUCUAAAUGCGAAAUGUGACCGCGAUCAAUGUUACAUUUCUCCAGCUGUCAGUCAGGGGGCAUUCCAGUCAUGGUACGUAUUCUUAAGACAUGAAAGCGAGGCACAAAGCCGUAAGGUGAAGAAACAUUUUUCACUUCAUCCCCAGACCGUUUUUCUCCACUUUACUCUCCUGAAUGGCGGGUGUGCUCUCACCUUUGUUGCGCUAAUCUUUUUGGGUAUUUGUUUUUUUUCGAGAUUCAUAUGCUUUAAUUAAUAAAUGACUUCUCCUGUGCAAAAAUUUAUCCCUAUUGGGAAUUGUCAUCAUUUAAUAUCCUAGCAAACAGAGCCCACCCAUAGUGGGACUCCCCCAAUAUUAAUAAUAGACUUAUUUAUUGCUAUUUUAAAGAACAUGAAGCUUUGGAAGGAAAAUAAUGCACCGUUUUAAUACCAAUAACCAAUUACUGUCAAAUAUGAAAUUGUUGAUUUGAUGGGAGAACCAAUUCAGGGAUCUUUUUACGAGCAAGAGUUACAGAAAGCAAAACAAAAGAGACUAAAGGAAUUGAAAAAGUUUUGCGACGAGAUAAUAAGAAAAAGUUAUCACGCGCGAGCUUGAAUGCCUUUUUUUUUGUUUGUUUUUUGUUUUGUUUUUUUUAAUUGCUAGCGAAAACAAUUCGGGGCAUUUUUUGUGUUUUGAUUUUUAAAAAAGCCAUGAUUAAAUAUUCCUCAUAUUUGGGAUUGCGGAAUGAACCUCCUUUCCCGAUUCUAACUCCACAAAAGAUUUGUUGUUUUUUCGUUUAGAAUAAUCUAUAAUAACAAUUUGGAUCCCAGUUUCUUAGCACAUUUUUGAAGCUCCUUAAAGUCUUCUCCUUUAAGAAAAUUUUUGUUUUUUACCCUCAUUUUUUAUCGUCAUCCAUUUUAUUAUAAUAAUAUAUAAAAACUUACAAAAAUGAUAUAUUAUUGAAGAAAAAAUGUCAACUAUAUCAACUAAUUUAUUGUAGUAUUCAACUAUCAAUCUUUUUUUCUAAAAAAAUUUUAUCACUUAAUUUAUUACUCAAUUCGUUCACUGAUGAAAAAACUUUUAAUAAUUCUUCCAUAGUAUCUUCAAUAAUUUUAUCUUAACCAUCUCUUAAGUCAAAAACAUGUCGUUUGACGGAAAUUGAUUACAGCAUUAAAGCUUUUUCUAAAGUAUAAUCAAUUUUUUUGUUGAUUUUUUCUUUGUCUUCGUAAAACAUUUCCAAUAAAUCAUCUACUAAUUCAUUAGCAUCAUCAUAAUCAUACCAUUCUUCAAAACUUUUAAACGCAACAUUUUCUAUCGUGGACUCACCCAUUUUACUUAAUGCAUAUCUAGCCGGAUUUAUGAAAACCGCACCAGCGGGCUCCUGGAGGCCACACACCUUAAACUGACUCAACUAAAGCAAAUAUUGUCAAGAAACUCAGCUCUUACCCAUGGUUCUCUUAAGGUGACUCUCUCCUUGGUUCCUGAUAAGCAAAAGAAACAUUCAAGUCCAUCAAAAAGACACUCUAGACUUUGGCCAUACACUCAAGCUGCUUGAAGGCUCUAGAUGACAGAGGAUGCUUGAAACUUAACCAAGUUCUAAGCAGAGAAUUCAAGGUUAAAUCACCCCCCUCCAGCCUAGCACGUGCUUGAGGGGAAUGCUUGAGGGGAAUUUGACAUGACAAACUAAAGGCAGACAUGACGAGUGCACUGACUAUCCCAGAGCACGACUAACGGACAGUACCACGCUUUUGCAACACCCUCCCCCACUAAGGAUUGACAUGGAGGCCCCUUCCCAACCCAUGGCGGGUUAGCUCGGGGACUGAGCUUGACAAUGAGACCAACCAGGACAGCAAGCCCCAUGUCUUUUCUCACCGCAGUGACCAGAACCCUGGCUAUCGCCAGGUUCCUGUGCGAAUAUUCUGGUCCGUUUUGAGGUGUUUUCAAAAAUUCGGCUAGAUAUAUUUCUUUUAAUACUCGAAAGUAUUAAAAGUUAGAUCGAGCGAGAUAAACGAAGCCCACAAGACAUAAGACAAGGGGCCGGAUUUUAUUCAAAAUUAUGCAUAUUACCGUAAGAAACAUUCACAAUCUUAUUUAACUCUUUUUUUAUGUUUUCAUUUCGUGAAUAAUAUGGACAUUCUGACAAAUAAUAAACCAAUCCAAUAACUGAUGGAAAUACUUCAUCAAUUGCUUCAUUAUAUUCUUCCUCUGUCUCGAUUGGAUCUAAUAUAUCAAGUUGGUCUAAAAUGAAGUUCAACUGUUGUAUGGUUGAUUCAUUGUCUAGACCUUUAUAUUUGAUUAGAUCAAGUAAAUCCUCUGUAAACUUUUCAAUGUUUUGAUAUGUGACAUAAGAGUCGUAACUAUCAAAAGUGACAGAGUCAAAAGUCAAUCUGAUUUGGUUAUUUGAUUGGAAAGACAUUUCUUUUAUUCCUAAAAUUAUUUUUUUUAAAUAUCAAUUUCAAUUUUCCUACUCCAUCUAAUUCAUUUUUCAUUUUUUCUGAACCAAUCAAUAAUAACGCAAAAUCUUUAUUACGCAUUUGCGGUAUUUAGUCUCCUUUUGAGUCAUAAUUUUGCGUAUUUCUUUUGCGUCUGAGAUAUAGUCUCCAUUUCACUAAAAAAUCCCUAAAAUCAUUAAAUAUUCGACAAAGUCUAAACAGUAUGGCAGAGGAUUUCCUUAUAUUUCACGUGUUGUCUUUUAUCCAAUCGAAGACGUCACUUUGAAAAUACACAUCCGUGUAAUUUUCAGUGUACAUAUUUGUGUAAUUGUGAAGUGUUAAAGAAUACUUAGAUAAAUGUAUGUUCUACUCUGACCCCAAAAUACUUUCUUCUAUCAUUUUUCUGGCUUUUUCUCAAAUCAGCGAAGCUACGAGGUCUUCUAGAUUGUAUUACUAGAUUUUUUUACAUUAGGAUUUCUUCUGUCAUUUUCCCUUUAUCAUCAUCAUUGCAAAAUUUUUUUUCUAAAAUUAAAAUUUGGGAUAAUGACGGUGGGAGUGUGACGGAAAUAAUCAGAAAGUUAAAGUACUAGUGUUUAAAAUUGGUAUGACAGAAAAAAAAAAAGACAGAAAAAUGAUAGAAAAAAGGAUUUUUGGGUUGGAGUAGAACAUAUUUUUAUCUUACUACUUACCAAUACAACCGUCUGUAUCUUCCAUCAGCUGUUUUCAUUAUAGAAAUGUAGCACAAAAGUCGGUUGCUUCGGAAGUAGCCUGCGUAGCAUGCAGUUUUUUUUUUUGGCGUGUUCUUUAUUUGUGGUUCGUAAAGUAGAUACAGCCGCGGGAAAGUAACCUGAGAUUAGGCCAAAUUUUAGCAGCUUUCAUUCUCUCUUUUUAACGUGCCGAGCAUCGAAAUUUUAUUUACCGAAUGAAAAAGAAAAUAGAGCCUGAUCUCAGGUUACGCGAAAGCUGAACUGAGUCAAAAAUAAGGGAGGCGAAAAAAGGCAGAAAACCUCGGUUUCGCGCGCCUGUAUAUCUUACUUUACGCACUAGAAACGAAAAACACGCCAAAAGACAGCACGCAUUUUUAGUAUAAUACUAAAAACGAGUAACAAAAACUAACGUAGUUAGAUUACAAAAGCUGAACUCCGGAGUGGUUAUUUUAAGAAAAUGAACUCGUGAAUAUACGAAAGGUGAUUUGAUAGGCACAUGAUCAUUUCAACUUACAAAACAUACUUUAUUUUAUCCCAAAAUGCAUACGAGUUCCCCACAGUUUUUACUUUGAUAGUAACAUCCUAAAAUGUCUGAACGGUGCGAGAUACGAAAACAAACUUACACUUAUUUUGCCUUUCCGAACGAUGCCGCAGCUUCGGCUUUUGUUUGACGUGUUUGAUCCUCAUCAUAAGGCUGAUAAGACUGAGAAAGUUUUUCUUCGGUAGCCAAUGUAGUUAUCCAUUAAAAAGAGACAAACAAAAACAAAAGCAAAAGCAAAAAGCAGUUUAAAGAGGCAGUCAGCAGGAAAACAGCGGAAAUAUUUUGUCAAUGAAUGGUUUUCGGUUUUCUGAUAGGUGAGUAGCUUUAUUUUCGCGUUUCUGAUUGGCUCUAUUUACUUGCUGUCUUGAUAAGCUCAUAUACUAGAUAGCGAGUACGUCAGCCAAUCAGAAUGCUUGGGGUCUGCGAAAGUAAUUACCUCUAGAAUUUUACUUUAACUACACCCUUGCCUACCCUGCUAACAGAGUCGCUUCGAUCUUUCCUAGAUAAGUCGGGAAAGAGGAAAUGACUCUGCCGACAUCUUCAACCUUUUUUGAUUUGUGGAUCAUCCCGCGAUUUGGAUGAGUCAGACAAGUUUCAUACUGGAUAAACCAGUUCUAUCUAUGCAGGCACGCGUACUCUGGAGCUUUGCUGACUUUUUCUGUUCCCACGUUCCAUAACAAAACAAAUGGCUGCCGCUUCAAUUUCACGCAGUAACUUUGAGAAAAUUAUAGAUUCAAUGUUCAGUAAACUGUGGCGGAGCGCAAGCCCUGCUUUUAGAAAAAUUGGAAAAUGCACUCCGAUUAGAGAUGGAUUUUGUUUUGGAUUUAACCACGUGCACAAUCUAGUGUUAAGUGCUACGCGAAGUUCUUAGAAGGAUAAACUAAUGGGUUUUUUGAAUACAAAUAUUUAAGAAAUAUAUUCUAUGCUUAUUUUUUUGUGUUUGCUCUUUCAUAACAUUAAUUCAAAAUAAUAAUGCGGAAUCAAUGCCGAUCGAUGCUUUUAAUAUUUCAUGCGUAUCUGUCCCUUCUGGUUCAUUUUUUGGGCACUAUUUGAAAUUUCUAUGCAAAUAUGUUUUCAUGGUUGUCUAGAUUUAUAAUAAAAAAAUCUCAAAUUAAAGAUUUUUGUAGCUUGUUUGGACCUGGGCUCUUUGAAUGAAAACUUUGAGAAGUCUCGCGGUCGUUAGUUUGAAAGCGAGGCAUUCUCGUUCCCAGAGCCACUCGGCUUAAUUUGUAACGAACAAAACCACGUGACUAAGCAACGACGGGUUCUGGGGACGAGGAUGAAAGCGAGGUCGAGAGGCUCGGUUGAAUGAAAGUAUGAAAUAAUUUUUUAGAGUGCGCGUGAUUGCGCAUUUCGUACUGGGAUUCUCAAAAUCUAACCUUGAUUUUCCAAUCGGAAAAAAAGUCUUUUGUUUACUGCGGUAUUUGUUAAGUACUUUUCAGGCAUUUGCUCGUCAGUCUUAAAUCCAGAGUUAAAUGGACAUCGAGGGGCGACCAAUUAUAGCAAGGGUUAAGGGGAGUUAAAAAACAACUCUAGAAUAGUUAUGCUCAAGUAAAGUGUUUAGCAAAACUGACUUCUUGAUCUUCGUUCUUUCAUGCUUUGACACAGCUGGUGCCAUGAGGCUGCCAUGUGAACCUGAUGCGGAGAACAAGACGCACUUCCUGACAGAUUUUUACGCUUCGGAGCGGUUUAAACUAACCCUGGCACAUUUUUCUAACUACAGUGAAGAUACUUAUCUCAAGUUUUACAACGAAAAGGCUGUUCGAAGGAAAGGUACGCACAAUCCGACGUAAUUUAAAACCACUUUUUUAUGUUACGAUGUAAAACACCUUCCUGUGGCCUUCGGCAUCAGCAGUUGACAUGCGAGAAUGGCAAUUCCACAUGCCUACCUUUUUCUUGUUAAGUUAUAGCUGUUUGUAAAUGAGUACAGACUUCUUAGUUGAUGUUGUUCUUUACGCUUGAAUGUCAACCGUAAUUUCUUACAUCUACUUAACUUUCCUUUACUCGGUUCGAUUACCUCUUAAUUACCUUAUUUCACUUAAUUUUGCGAUUAUUAAAUUUUGCGACAAUUUAAUAUCAGACAUAAAUAUCCAUAAUAUGGACAGAAUAAGGACCUCCAUAUCAACAGGAGGGCAUUUUGCGUGCGCAUGCGUGCAUCCACUGAACGAGAACUCGCGUGAAGUUACAGUCGUCCUUUUAAGAGUAAUCUCGUUGGUGCUUUGAAUACCGUACUUUCCUACAAAAAAUUUUCCCCAUGACAAAAAAUCGGACGUUUUCUACGCAGGUUAGAUUUUUCAGGAGUAGGUUUUCUUGACCUUUUAAAGACUUAAAAGGCUCAACGCCAAAAGUCACUGUUCCUGUAUAAAUCUGAUUUUCACUGGCAAAGCGAUGCAUUUCUAUGGUUUGAUUUCCAAACUCAUGGUUUUUCUUAUCAAAGAAGAAAUGCAUCGGAGCAAUGUUUAGCUCCUUAAGGAAAGCAGAAAAACCACGUUGUCUCAUGUUAAACUGAUCGCGGAGACACUCGUUUACAUAUGACACAAAAACAUGAAAUCUAUGGUUCAGUUUUUCGAAAGUUUUCAAUGAAAAAAAUAUAAAAUAUAUUCUACAGGAAAUGAUCGAAGAAUGGAUUGAGUCUACAGGACAGCAACAAUUACAAGUGAUUAUGUACUACAUAAUUUCUUGAGCAUUUCAUUUCACUUGCAGACAAAACAAAUGCACCACGAAAAAACGAACACUGCCUUUUUUUUUUCUUUAACUCUAAAAGAUACAGAAAUUUCUCCUAAUCUACUAUUUUGAAGCGACUCUUGAUUAACAGCUCCUGUGUUCUACAAUCAAAUUCUUAUCGUUGAUUUAUGUAUUUAAUGACAGUAGUGAUCCAUUCAAAAUAGAGAAUGGCCAUCACUGCAUAAAUCUAGCUGACAAUGUUUGUUCACCUUCAAAGCCUGUUAAAACAUAAGGCAGGAAGUUUAUUAGAAGGAUGCCGAUAUAAUGCUGUUUCCUCAAAAAGAAAUACUACUACUAAAGGACCCAAAUGAGUUGGGAUGCGACAACAAACAUGACACAAAUGGAUAGGUGAAUUUGUCUGUUAUUAAUGUUUCUUUUGGGAGGUUUUUACUGUAUUCAGAAGAAGAACCCCUUAUGUAAGUUGUACGGGGGAAGAAUUAGCAAGCAGAUACUGAUGCAUUAAAGAAGAAUGUGGUUAAAUACAGAGGAGAAGCUGGUCUCAGUCAACAUCCUUUGUGACUGAAAUGUUUCACAAAUUAGCAUAUCAGCAAAUGUAGUAUCCACAAAAUGGUAUUAUUUAGGAAUAAAUGCAUUUUUUGCAACAAAAGCCAGGAUUUAUUUAAAAGGCGUAUUGAUAACGUUUCAUUUCGUGCUAUUUUUGGGGUUGGGGAGUUAGGCUAGAUUUUCUUUAAAACGCCAAAAUGUUAUAUUUAUUUGCAUAAUGAAAUGUAAACAAACAGUGUAUACCUUCAAAAUAAGGUGGAAAAAAUCAGAAUUCAAACCGAUUGCGGUAAUUUUUUCUUCUGUGUAUAACUAAAUAAAAGAGUUUUCUCAUUUUCAAAACACAAUCUUUCUGGCAUCAUUAUAUUGAAUUAAAUUUAUAGUUGAAGUGCGGGCAUUUUAUUUCUCAACGAAGACGUUCCUGUGAAGAAAGCUGAAAUUACUGCAGAAAGCGAUUUUUCACAUCCUUCACCAAAGCACCAUUCAUUCGCGGAGUUAUUCUUGGUUUCAUUAAUCAUUAACUAAAUGUGAGGAGAAAGGCAAGAUUUCGAGAUAAACAAGACAGCGAAAGGGUGAAAAUGCAGUCUCACGGCAAUAUGGACACUUAAUUAACCACUGUAUUCCUGAAACGAUUAAGUUUGAUUUUAGAGUUAUACUGUUGAGGAAUUAAUUAUCUAUAGAAUAAUUGUUUGACGAAAAAUAUCUUUCUGACCUUUUCCGGCUUCUCAAAAAAAGUGUCCGCGAAAUGUUAGGUCGUAACGGCAUUCAGCCGCCAUCUUGUCUUCGAUGUACUGUUUCACGAAAGGAAAGACUGUCCUCUCAAGGGCGACAGCGAGGCCACAAUAAAUUCACUUUCAUCGUAGAAAUGCCUCGAUACCUUAAAGAACACGUUUGUGGCACGUAGCACCCAAUAUAAGUCAGUCAGCUCCAGAAAACAGCCUGCAAAUGCUGGUAGUGAACGUAAACAAUUGACCACUCCAGAAAUACCAUAACAUACCAUAAUGCUCUUUAUUUGUCUCCCCAAAAUUUUGCAUAAGCAUUGUCAAUGCGUGUACCUUAGUGCCAACCGUUUUUCGAUGGCAUGGGAAAAUGGAAUUCAAAUUCCACUUCCAUUUUUCGUUUUUCGUUUUCGCAUGACAUUAAAAAACAGAUUUGAAUUUUGCUAUUUGUUUUUCGUUUUCGCCUAACGUUGAAAAACGCAUUUGAACUUCGUUUUUCGUUUUUCGUUUUCGUAUCACUUUGAAAAACGGAUUUGAAUUUCGUUUUUUUGUUUUCACAUCACUUAAAUAAACGGAUCUGAAUUUCGUUUGUCGUUAUUGCACGACUCCUGUAAAACGGAUUACUGCACCAGUCAUUUGAAGUCCCAGGACACCCCCUCGGGGUUGACCGGGGAAUUCACUUUUUAUGCAAAGGAAAGCAACUGAAUUUUCUCCUCCCUGGGGCCAAAGUGAGUGGUGAACUCCCCCGCCCGCAUGAUAUGCCCACACACACCGUACUCCUUUUUUAACAAGCAAUACACCGUAUUCACAAAUGGCGGACACGCGGGAAAAAACUGGUGCCUAGUCAUGAAAGCGAGGCGUUGGAGGAUAAACAAAAAUUGCAAAUGAAGGCUUUCAUUGAACUUGCAGAGUGUUUAGCACGGAUUCCACCUAAAAUGACUUUAUAUGGACUUCUUUUUAAAUACAAUUACGUGGGAUGUCUUCUGCUUUUAAUGUUUAGUAGCGAUUUGCUGUUUGCAACCAAAAGGGACGCGUAUAUCUUCAAGGAAACAGAAUGAUUUUUAAGGUUUACGAAGCAUCAGAAGCUCGACAAGUGGACGAUGGCUGGAGAAAAGCCAUUUUGACCCAAACUUCACAUUGAAACCGACUACGAAAACCAGCUCACUGCAAUUCGGUGAAACAGAAAUAUAAACAGAUCUUGGUGGCAAGAAAAAAAGAAAUAAGCGACAGAUGUAUGGCCAACUUGCAACUGUUAACGCAAGAGACGUCUGCCGUUGAACAAAACAGUUCAAGUCGAGAUGGAAAAAAGGAAGACAGGAAAGAAGAGGUGACUGAGGUUUCGAUGAAGUUAUGUUUGGUUUUUGUUCGCCAGGACGUUAUUCUCUGGUCUUUAUCAAUGAAGGACAUCAAUAAAACAGCGGGGUUGACCUUUUUUUCAAGCGGUUUUUCGGUAAUUUAUUUUUAAUGUGCAGGAGCGACUAAGAGGAGUACGCUCAAAAUUUCAACUUGCUACUCGGCAGACUCGGUAAGCUGGCCACAUUUCAUUUCAGCGAGUAAUUUCGUAUUUCUUACCUUUGGCUGUUAAGAGUUUUAACUUUAUGUUCCAUAAUAUUUUAAAGUUGAAGAAUACAUAAAUAAAUAAAAUGAUGGUCUUCUUAAACUGAUCCAGACUCGAAUUCAAUUAUUCGAAACAGAAGCUUGCCGUGUUCAGUCCUGACAAAAACAUUGCCUUAAAAUUUUAACCUAGUAAAAUGUAAGCUUUACUUUAUACCACUUUUUUACCAGUAGCUCUCUGACAUAAUGCCCUAAAAGAAACAAGGCAAAUAGCAAGCCAUAAGAUUCACACAGUACAGCUUCUAAUUUUGAUAAAAUUAUUUUUAAUUACUUCGCAAUGACAAAGAAAUCAUGAGAUUUUUGCUAAGCUCUGCCAACGUACCUCUAACAAUUCCUUCCAAAGCGACGGAAUUAAUUUGAUAAAAUACAGAAUUGUAGUGAUCUGGCUUUCGUAUUCGGUUUCAGUGUGAAGUUUGGGCCAACAUGUUUGCCGCUUUUUUCCAGCGAUCGCCUAGUCUUAGAGCUUCUCAUGCUUCGGAAACCUACAAAAUCAUCCUGUUUCCUGAAGAUAUACGCGUCCCUUUUGAUUGCAAACAGCAAAUAGCUACUAAACAUUAAAAGCAGAAGACAUCCCACGUAAAUUGUAUUUAAAAAGAAGUCCGUAAAAAGUUAUUUUAGGUGGAAUCCGUGCUAAACACUCUGCAAGUUCACUGUAAGUCUUCAUUUGCAAUUUUUGUUUAUCCUCUAACGCCUCGCUUUCAUGACUAGGCACCAGUUUUUUCCCGCGUGUCCGCCAUUUGUGAAUACGGUGUAUGACAAAUAAUAUGAUGAUAGCCGCGAAAAAAACACGUUGAUUUCGGAGCAGCUAUCGCAACACUUGUAUACCCUCGAUGGAAAAGGAAAAUGACGAAUAUUUGAAGACUUUACAACUUGAAGUCACAAAAUGCGAGAUAACAAAAAACUACAAAUCAAAUUUUGCAGUCUUCUGGAGUUUUUUGUAGAAUGACUCAAUUAUUACAAGUGUCUUUCUUGUCGUCAUUUCCACGAUACAACUACAUCAUAAGUUCAUAACAAGACUCUAACAAGUCAUACAAAACCCGUCUUUCAAAGUGAUGCGAAAAUAAAAAAAGAAAAGCAAAAUUUAUAUCCGUUUUUCAAAGUGAUGCGAAAACGAAAAACAAAAAGCAAAUUCAAAUCUGUUUUUCAAUGUCAUGCGAAAACGAGAAAAAAAAUGGAAAUGGAAUUUGAAUUCCAUUUUCCCAUGCCAUCGAAAAACGGUUGGCACUAAGGUACACGCAUUAUUGUCUUCAGUUUCUCUUGGGAGUUAAAAUGGCCCCAAGAAAAACUGAGAACAAUGCUUAUGCAAAAUUUUGGGGUGAAAAACAACGAGCAUUAUGGUAUAUUAUGGUAUUUUCUGUAGUGGUCAAUUCACAGAAAAUGCCUCUGUCUGUCUUCAACAGACCAGAAUGACGCAUGCGCAAACAAAAUGCCCUCCGGUUCUCCAUAUCAUGUCUGACAGAACAUAAAAGAAAGAAGUUUAUCAGAGUUCACUACGUAACUAUUUGCAGGUACUUAUUUAGACUGUUGAAAAACUUGUGCUUUAUGUUAAACUUCGUUUGUUUGUAAUUGCAGUUGUUUACGAUCAAACUGUUGAUUCUCUUGUUACUGUUCUGAGGUCAAAGCUACCUUUACAUAAUUAAAGAAGAGAAAAAUCGCGAAAUUUAAUACACUCCAAUUCUAACUUUCCCUAAAAAUCGGGAAAUUUAAUUCUCUCGAAAUAUGGCUCAUGAUUUUUCACGAAAUUUAAUACCCGCGAAAGUAAGUGAGAAUAAGGUAACUUAUUCCGAGCAAUCGUAGCCUAGUUUAGUCUUUGUUUCCUUUAGGUGUUCAGACUGUUCACAGUCCCCCACGUAUUUUUUGUAAGAUCGUCAAGAUCGAGCGUUUUGCGUUACGGGCGGCCAACUUGAUUUCAAAUGUACCGAGUCUAACCCGGAAACAUUUUCAAGUUGACGUGACGUGUACGUCGACAUAAACGUUACCAUGGCAAUCGAGUUUUGACAGCGAUGUUUUUUAAAAUUUGCAAUUUUUUUGUACAAAACGUUUUAUUUCUAUCUUUAAUUUACAUAUUUUAUUAUUAUAUUACACUUAAUUUAGUAUUACUCUUUCAAAUUUGCUGCAAAUGUAAACCAGGCCUUUCGGAGACUAAUUUGAAAAUGGCCAAAUGCCAGAUGCUGGUUUCAAUUCAGUAGUUUCAACAGUGUUCAUUUCUCUCGGAAUUUCAUAACUUUCAGAGUUUUUUUGCUUGCUAAGCAUCCUUUUAUACACAGAUCAAAUUUUCUAUCACGAUUGCCUCGAUUUAUACCGGUUUUAAGUAAAAUUAAAUACAUUUAUUCCAAGAUGAUAGAUGGUUUCAGUUCCGUCUUCAAUAAUAAAUGAAGUCAUCCUGACAACACUGCUGCUGUUAAUGAUUAUUUUAAGAUGGGUUAGCCAACUACUUGAUUUUGUUAGACACGUUACUUAAUUCAAGUAUUUUUCGCUUUAUGGAAACUUUCAGGGAAUUUGGAUUUCCCCAAUAAAUUAAUAUGACAUCAAAAUGACGUUAAAUUACGUAAUUGUAGCAAUCAGGUUAUGCCUAGAUGAUGGACAUAAUGAGUACAUUUUUCUAUGUUGGUUGCCGUAUCAUGAGCUGUUUUGAAGUUACAUGUAUAGAAGGGGGCAUUCGAAGCCGCCCCUCUCCGGUCGCUGGAAGCGCAAAUCAAAGCCCGGUCUGAAUAGGGUUAAGAAGUCCUUCGCCGCCAGAGUUCCUUAUAGAGGAUGGGAGCAUUUUUCCUGGAGCAGAGAGAAAUCGAUCCAUUUGCAGACCUGAUCAACGAGUUAACUCAGGUGAAGGCCUUAUUGAACGAACCAAGUGACACGAGCGCGGCUGAACGGAAGCCAUACAAGCAGACGUCUCUCUGCCAACAGCCAGGAAGAAACAGUUUUUUUUUCUAACCUGACCGCCUAGAGUUUGGACAGUUCACAAGAGGCGGUGAAGAGAUUUGGUCUAUUAAUAGUCAUAUCAGCAGAAUCGAAGAUAAAAUCAAUGAGACAGGUUUAUAUCUGUAUAUAUGCCCGACGAGAACAUGAAAUUUCUUACCUCUUAGAAUCAAACAGACGAAGCUGCAAACAAUUUGUCAACAGCUUCAUCUCGUAAGACCUGAGCCAACCUCAUUUGAAUUAUAGUUCACAUCCGUUUCCCCUACACCAUCAAGGGCUAACUGCUGAUACCGGUUUUUUUAGACCUACUUCGGAUAACGUCACAUGGCAUUAAAGCCAGCCGCAUUUUAAAAUAGAGUUUAGCCCUGAUCACUGUAAUUCAUAGGUUAUCUCAGACAACUCUUUUCUUUGCACAACUGGCUCUAUCUGGUUUUCAAACUUUUCUAAUGUAAAUUUCCAACAGUUCUUUACUAUAGAGUAUUGCGUUGAGGUAUCCAACCUCAUUACGGGAUAUCCAUUCUAGGCACUAACAAUUUUGCUGAACACGGAUUAAAUUAUAUCGUUGCGAUGAAACGUUUUGAGGUAAUUCUCAAUUCGUCUUUUCAACAGAAUGGGAUGACGCAACUUUCGACAAACUUUGGCCUGGAUGGAAUGAUACCCUAAAAGAAAAUGGAGUGGAAGACAUCAAAAGUAUCAGUAAGUUGAAAACAUCGUAGUUGACUAUAAGUGGUUGCAAAGUUCCGUUUUGCCGCGCUUCAUUUAUGCGCUCUGCAGCAACUGGCAGUGUACAGUUUUCUAGCCCCUUAGAAAGCUCUUGCAGAUCUCCGACUGUUGUGUUCACCCUUUCCACCACAGGUCCUCUUUGAAUUUGGUGUCAAAAUAAGAAAUCUUGCGUAAUUACGCAGCCCAUUAUAGUAUAGAACGAGCAUAUAGAACGUGAGAGGUCUGAAGAGGAAUUUACAGUGUGGAAAUUAUUUAAAAGCAGGAUUGUAAAUGUCAUAAGCAAAAUGUCGAACUGGCCGCUUUUUCAGUACCGUAGCAUAGCCGAUGCAUUGAACUGAGAAUCCCGACCGGCAAUUUUUUCUAUCCUUUUUUGUCAACUCGUCAAUAUUAGAAUAAUUACCUUUUUCGUUGAAAAUCAAUUGGACUGACAUAACUGUGUUAGAUUAAAGGUUCUUUUAACUUAAAUUUCAUCUUCUCUAACCGCAGAUGAUUAUUAUGAUUGCACCACUAAAGUUGUAACAGACCAGCUGCUUGACUUACUUAACAGUCGUGAGGUUAACUCAUGCGAAGCCUGGGCUGAAUGGAUUGACAUCUGGAGUCAGUUCGCUCUUGAUGGCUUCCUUAAAAGUAGUUAUGAGGCCGUCGUAACAAAAUUCAAGACCAAAUCCAGUAAAAUCUCGGUGAAUAGCCUUCAAGAGCUUAAGAAGUACCUACCUUGGCCUGAUGCUGCCAUUACUGCCUACAGCGUCUUUAGCUACACAGAGCAGCUUGAUCAAAGCCUUGUACAAUACCUCCGGGAUCAACUGGGAAAAUGGUUUACAUCGAAUAUGCACUGCAUUCAAGGUGGGAUGUCUUUGUUACCAGAGGCCUUCACCGAACCAAAUAAGGGAGGCUGGAAUUCAAAGGUCCACCUUUACCAAAAAAUCGAGUUCAAUCGCACAGUCAGAGAGAUUAACUACACCUUUCAUUUGGAAGAGCCUGAUAAGAAUCAUGUGGUGGUAAAAGGCUACUUCAGCAAUAGCAGACAGCCUUUUCAGGUCGAAGGAGAUGCUAUUAUAGUCGCAACUCCAAUCAACAUCCUUAGACAGAUUAAGUAUACACCCAGUGAUACUGCUACUCAAUCUCCCCCACAGUCCUUUCAUAAGGCUAUAGAAGGCAUCUUUACUGGCCCAGCAACCAAACUAUUCAUACAGACGAAGACAAGAUUCUGGGAGAAGGAGGGAAUUAAAGGAGGGUUCUCAAAAACAAAUCUUCCCAUCGGGCAGCUGCAUUAUCCAACUAACGUCAAAGGAGAACAUCCCGGGGAAAAGGGCAUCCUGUUAGUUUACACGUGGAAGACAGAAGCCCAACUCUUUGGUUCCCUCGAUCCCACCACUGCGUUGCACGAGGCAGUAGAGCAAAUAGCCACAAUCCACCCACAAAUCAAACAGCAAGUUGAAACGGGAGCCGUCUGCGCGUGGUACAACCUGUCAACGGCUCAAGGAGCAUAUGCCCUGCUCAAACCCACUCAGUACCAAAACGUUCGCUACCUCCUGAAAUACCCAAUGGCAAACAUCUUCUUUGCUGGAGAGGGUCUCUCGUUUGCCUCGGGGUGGAUUCAGGGUGCCUUGGAGUCUGGUUUACGAGCAGCAUUUCAGUUUUACAUUCGCAAUGAGGGUCAAUGGUCCAAGGAGGAGAAACACUAGCGGAAAACUUCCGCCCGAAAAAAGACUUGACUAAAGGUACAAUCAAGUAACUUUGAUGAUCAGAAUGCCAUCACUGUUUUGUUUUUGUGUGUUUGCUGGGCUCAACCAAGGUAUCGAGCUUCGUAUAUAAUCAGGGAAAGUAGGACAUCUUCUUUCCUUAGUUCUAUUAGUGACAAAGAAAAAGUUAGACUUUGCUCUGGCAGAAAAUUACCUAAUAUUUUUUUUUUGUUCUUUGCUAGAGGGUCUCCAAAGACGUAGCGCUAAGUUUAAUUUUUAAGUGUGUACUUGCGCAAAUAAAAUAUAGGCAAUAAGUGAAAAGUAAACGUACGCAGGUUACGAAAGUAGAAUCGAUUAUUAUACCAGACAACAACUGCAAAUCUUGAUUUUGAAACAAAUGAACUUUAAUUCAGAAUUAUGAAUGUGCUUUUCACUAAUUGAAGAUUUCAGACGCAACACAAGACACACGAAAAGGGGCCAUAAAAUAAUUUCGAGUUCUUGUCCAUUUGACUCAAUAAGUCUGUGUUUACUACUGGUGCAUAGGGUCAACUGGUCCAAUUGAGACCCUGAGCCUUUUGUACGUAUUCUGUCUUGGUAUAAAUAACGAUAAUAAAAACAUAUAUAUCGUGUAUAUCUCGUCUCAAAGUCACUCUGUCUUUGGCUAACUUUCUGAACGGAAUCAUCAUCAUCCUCAUCCUCACUUUUAUUUAUACACGGUAAAAACAAUCAGGCUAAAUAUACAAUAUACAAUAUCCUAAAAAUGUUUACAAACUAUAUAGAAUCAACG